AUGGGCAAUUUGUUGAACAAUAGUAUCACAACCGGCAAGCCUACUGCAUGGAGGAUGCAUGUGUCCAAUUUCUAUCCAAGUCUGAAUGGGAAGAUCACCCCUGGUUGCAUCAAUAUAUCACCAGCAUGGUUUCAGCAAGGACGAGAGGUAUAUGGCUUCUCACCUGAAGUAUCAGCGUCGUUGAAAGGUGAUGUUGGUAGCAAAAUCACAACCUCCCUUCAAAGAUCCGGUAUCCUUGUCUCUGCUGCACUUCAGGUCAUGCACCCAGAUCUUUAUCAGGCUGGAAUCAAAACUCAAGUCAGGCUGGGCGAAUGGGCAAUCCGGUAUCAGUUACAUGACAUGUGCCAUCAUCUGAAACGUUGGACAUCGGUCUUCAAUGUGGUGUCAGUCAUUUGCAACCGCCGGUCACCACCUCAUAGAGAUCCGAAAUGUCAACCAGAGGCAUUUGAUAUCAUGACAACUGCAGGUAUUUAUCACCCGGUCAUGAUGGAUUUCAUGAAUCUUGGAAUCAAGUUUUUAUAUGACUCCAGGUCAAUGUUAGCUUCAUCAUGUCGGCUUGUGAGACAUCACAUGCAUGUGGAAGAGGGCAGCCGGAUUGUCACUGCAUGGUACAUGCGAGAUAGCAUCCAUAACUUUGUCGGAACUCCAAGGACAGACUAUGCAAAAUAUGGCAAUGUGAAAUGCAGUGACCCGGUUGCGAAGAAUGAUGUUUAG